AUGAAUAUCGCACCGAACCCAGCGCCGUAUACGUACGAAGUGGAGGUUUAUCAAGAGGGCCUCCGUGAUAAAAGACCGGCGAUUACCUUCAAUGCAUUUGAAUGGGAAAAAUUAGCCAAAGAACGUCUCUCGGCAGAGAGUUUUGGAUACGUCUGGGGCUCUGCCGGAUCUCGCGAAACCGAUGACAACAACCGAGCAGCCUUUAAGAAAUGGGGAAUUGUGCCCUCCCGUCUGGUGAAAUCCGACUUUCCGAGCUUAAAGACCACUUUGUUCGGUGACAAAUACGAUUAUCCGUUGGCUAUUGCACCGGUGGGAGUCCAGCGAAUUUUUCACAGGGAUGGUGAAGUCGCAGCGGCUUCUGCAGCGCAACAGGAGAACGUGACAUAUAUCCUCAGCACUGCAUCUGCAACAAGCAUCGAGGACGUCGCAAUGGCCAACGGAUCCGGACCCCGCUGGUUCCAGCUUUACUGGCCCCAAAACAACCAGAGCGAUAUUACCGUCAGUCUGCUGAGGCGGGCCAAAGCUGCCAACUACAAAGUCUUGGUGGUGACCCUCGACACGUACAUCUUGGGAUGGCGGCCGUCGGACCUGGGCAAUGCUUAUAAUCCGUUUCUUCGCAAGGACAGCAUCGGGGUUGAAUUAGGGUUCUCAGACCCUGUUUUCCGGCGCAAAUUUCAAGAGAAACACGGCAAGACCAUCGAAGAAGACAUGUCCAAGGCAGCGGCCGAAUGGGCUCACACCAUCUUCCCUGGAACCAGCCAUGGCUGGGAGGAUCUCCGUUUCCUACGCGAAAACUGGGAUGGCCCUAUUGUUCUCAAGGGCAUCCAGACUGUCGAGGACGCCAAGUUGGCAGUCGAAUAUGGGAUGCAGGGCAUCGUUGUUUCCAACCAUGGUGGACGUCAACAGGAUGGUGGUGUUGGCUCGCUGGAUGUGCUUUCUGAAAUUGUCGAUGCUGUCGGAAAAAAAUUGGAGGUCCUAUUCGACUCUGGCGUCCGUUGUGGUGCGGAUGUUAUUAAGGCUCUAGCGCUUGGAGCCAAAAUGGUCCUACUUGGUCGACCUUACGUGUACGGUCUGGCAAUUGGCGGCGCAGAAGGCGUUCGCCAUGUGCUCCGCAGCAUUCUUGGAGAUAUAGAUUUGAAUCUUCAUCUAUCUGGGAUUAAAUCAGUGUCACCUGAACACCUGAACCGCUCUGUGUUACGCCGAGUAGCAUAG